AUGGCCAACGACCUCCCCCCCACAGCCCAUGCCCUUGUGUCCAGAGCAUUUGCCAUCGCGGCCCCUCCGCUCAAGCUCAGCAAGACGCUCAAGAGCAGUGUCAAACGUGGAGAGCUGACCGAGGACCAGCUUUCUGCCGCUUUGCUUGACUUCCUGAUACCAUCAUCUCCAUCGCUUGUCCUGUCUUACCUGUCGCAACUUCUGUCAUCGUCGACGAUCACCGCAAGGUCGCUUUGCAUCAGCUUGCUAUCUCGAAUAUCCGAAAGAGACCUCCCUCCUAUAUCAUCCCUGAUACCGAUUUCAGACAUUAUAAUAAACAACUUUACGGGUUUUACGGAUCUCUUGCUACCCGCCGUUUUGGGCGGGCCGGCAAGCGACUAUGUCGAGAGCAGCUCUGCCGGGCCCUCGUCCCUUGGCCAGAGUCGGGAAACAAGCAGUCUAUCGGUCAUGCUUCCUCUUCUACGGCUGGCCGCUACACCUUCACCGCCCUCGGCGAUAGUAUCCCUCGUCGCCCGCCUACUAUCCGUGCUUGCGCCGUUUCCUGCCCCUUCCUUGGAUGUGGGGCUGGAAGCAGGUCAGCUUCUUCCUCUGCUACCCGAAGAAAUCAGCAAUCCACUGAGGGUCUCUCUCGGUGGACUCAUGGAGGAUUUGGUACAGGGAAGUGCGUCUGAAACAGCGGCGCAACCCCAAACCGUGCUCAUGGCAGGCCAAGGCACCUCCGCGGCACCUGCUCUCCCCCUCAAAGAAGUAGCAGCGUUGCUUCUAGAGCAGACGCAUAGCUCAUUCCGAUACAGUCGCACCCCUUUACCGUCAGAGAGCCAAGCGACAGUGACACCACCUGCCCCUCACAUUCGUCUUCUUCGACUGGGUCAAAGUGCUUGCCCUGUCGCCGGUGAUUUCCUGUUCGCAUUGGUUGAGAUCUCUAUUGAGAGAGUCCUCAAUGGUCCGAGUGGUGAUAGACCUCAUGCUGUAGGGACCGGGGACAAUGUCAGGGACUUUGGAUGGGCAGUGGAGGGACUACCAAAACUACUUAAAUGGUGGAAGAUGCAGAGCACUGAUGGGGAGUUUGAGAAAUGGAUGUUUCCGUCUGAUGCAAGCUCGCUCUUGGCGUCAGCUAUCGCCCGCUUACUGCCGGCGAUGCAAGCCUUCUCAGAGGCACUCCUGCAGACUUAUUCUUCAAUAGUGUCUGCUGCAGAAGAGGAGGAGGAAUCCAGUGGCUUUACUCCUCCAGACGGGUGGUCCGUGCUGCCUCUGCAGGAUACCCUAAUUGCAAGCUUGGUCCACGAGGAUAUCAUUAACUCAGGCGAGGCUCUGGCUAUUUUGCCUGGGGUGACGAUAGCUUCAUCAAGAAACGGUCCAUCGCUACUGGAGAGAAUGGGAUCCGAGUCAAGACAUCAUAUCAAACCACUUGCAUUUAUCAUCAGCUAUGCCUGUGGUUCUGCAUCACCCGCUAGUCAUGAGUUUAUCCAGACUAUACGCGCAAUACCCCAAACACCCCCAGCUGAGGACAUACUCAUAUACAUGUCCUCACAAUCUUUCUUCUUUUCGUCAUUGAUCUCACAAUCAUCGCCUACAUCGCUCCUUGAUCUUAUGGAGCAGCGGCUGUUGACAGCUUAUGCGGAAUUGGAUGAGUACACACGUUCAGAGGACCCUCAAGGCUGCCUGACUCGAUUUGGAGAAGGCGUGGUGUUGAUCGAGUCUUUCGCUCGUGAAUUCGACUUGGAUCUUCCACCUUUGCUCCAUCGCGCAAGGAGGGCCUUCGGAUACGGAUCAUUGACUCCUACACACCAAGACUGCGUUAAUGGAUGGGUGAAGGCUAUUUUUGGAUCUGAUGGCAUUGAAGAUCAGAUUCUACUUGCAACUCCACCAGAAGAUCUGGCUGUCCUGGUUCCGACUUUGAUUCAGCAGGCCAUCGCUGCUGUCACAUGCGGUCAGAUGGAUUUAGAGACCUUGCAUAGCGGUCUUUCCUAUUUCUCCCAGCCGCUGUUGAGCUGGUGUCUGGGCGGCGUCAUUGCGUGGUUAUGUGACGAAAUAUUCCGAUUAGGACCCUUAUCAGCUUUGCAUCUUGUGGUCCUGCAGUCUCUAGCUCUUGGGCAUGCCUGCCCAGACCAGCUCCUGAGGGUCAAUGACCAAGCACUAUUCGACGUCAUCCGCCCCUCCAAUGAUCUACAAGAUGUCAUCAACUCGUCAGGUUUCAAGGCGGAGGACUUGAGGACAAAAUUGACAAGCCUCGGUGUGACAGCACCUGAUUCUCGCCAAGACCUUUCUUUGGAUGUAGCCUUGGAGACCAUCUCCCACUUUCCGCUUUCCGCUCCUCUCUGGCCUUGCUCAUUCAUCAUCGCCCUUAGAGCCAAACUAUCCACAUACGGAGGUCGCACAGCCGCUAUCAGCUCCAUCUUGUCAAAAACCUUUUCGUCUGCGAACGCCCCGUCUGAAGCGCCCAUUAUCGCCGGACAGUGGUAUUCACCACUCGUGCCGAUCCUUUUAGCGAUUGAUGUAGAUGGCAAGGGACCUCUGGCAGCGGAUUUACCGCACUGGAUACAUUCAUGUAUUGACAGGGCGGACUUGGCGGACUCUGAUCGUCGCAAGCUAGGAGCCUUGGUGAAAGAUUCAAUGAUUCUUGUUUCCAAGACUUGGGGCGAGCAGUUUGGAGACCGGAUCUUGAGACAGAUCAUCAAGGAGCUUGAAUUGAUUCUACUCGCACCUGUCGACACCUCGAGCAGCGAUCAUUCGAGGUCUGUAAAGAGAAGAAAAAAGAGGCAACCGUCCGCGGGGCUGGUAAAGUCUGCUGAGGGCAUUUGCAAGGUCCUUUGGGAGGAUGAAGACUUGAGGGAGAGAUGGGGAAAGGAUUUACAGGCUUUAGAUUACUUGUGUUAG